UCGCGCUUACCGUGUAUUGAGGCUCACUGAGUCAGCUUACCGGAUCACAUCGGAAUUGAAUCCAUUCACGUAUACGGGGGUAGCGCGAAAUAAUUAAAUCAGCAUCAGUUCGUCUCAAGUGGUUUUCGUAAACGGAACCGAUUAACUGCGCAAGUUGUACUUAUUAUAUUCGUCUAGGCUGGUAGUCCAUCCUCUUUGAUUGUACACUAAGAUAACCAUUUUAGCUAGGUCUAAUCGUGCGCGUUUGCUUUCGAGUGUCCUAAUUUCCUGGUGAUUAGUUUGGAUUGCAGAUUUCCAGACAGAUAAUUGAAUCACAAUGGCGGAGCCAUUGGUAGCAUCAUGUUGUCGGUGUUACUCCCUGCGAACUGGUUCGCUAAUUUCUGGCGCAAUGGGGAUCAUCCUGUCAAUUAUUUCCAUCAUCGUUAUCUUCACCACAAGAGUUGAGUUCAAAACGAUCCUCAUGGACUGGCUACCGCAGAAUGUAGUGAAGAUCAUUUUCGUACUGAAUCUAUGCAUGACGAUUCUCAUUUCAUUGCUAAUGAUUCUGGGUGUGCUUAAGAAAAAUCACUAUUUGAUGAUGCCAUGGGUAAUACUAGGAAUAAUGCUAGUUAUUGGACUUUUGAUUAGCGUUAUUUAUACAGCUGUGGUGUAUUUCAUCGACGGAUUCGUGCUCGGUGGCACUCUAUGGAUAGUUAUUGGACUAAUCUCAGUUGUCAUCUACACCUACAUGUGGGCGGUGGUAUACAGCUUUUUCGUUGAACAGAAAAACGAGAAUGAACGUGGACGAUACUCGAAACAGCCUUACCGACGAUAAUUUGGUACAAAAUUAGAUAUAAUUGGUAUAAAAUAUCAUUUACGCCAUUGAAAUUGACUUAACAAUAGAGACUAACUUUUUAUUUAUUUGUAGUUUCGUUAAAACAAGAAUAAUUUAUAUGUGUUAAGUUUAGAUGUUUUAAUUGUAUGUAACACCGAAUUUAAAUGUUUUCGUAAUAAACAUUGUUAACAUGAUCAUA